UCUGAAGUCUUGUUCAUGAAAUCUAUCAUUCUAAAACUUGUCCCUAUUACCGACCUUGACCUUAAUUCUGGUGGAAGUAGGACAAGUUUGUUGUCAAACGUAAAAUUUAUCUGCGUUAUAGGGAAAUUGUCCAACAUGUCCCGUGCUGUUCCAGUGAGAUUUUUGUCAACUGUGAAAAAGUUACAGUCACAGACAUGUUCUUUUGGUCGACUUACUGUGUGCAAGCCAAACACUGGACAGAGAAUGCUACACAAAAGUACAAGAUUGUGUGCUUCCUUAGGUCAAGGGCCACCAGAUGAUAACAAUGGGUCAGGUGAUCAAAUAACUACAGGAAAAGGUGGAGGUGGAGUCUCUUCUGGGACUGGAGGUGGAGAAAAUGGUAGUGGAGAUGGUGUCUUUCACUGCUGUACCAAGUGUGGUGCCCCACUUACACACAUAGAAACUAUUGCAGGUCAGCCGAAGUUUAGCAAAUGUAGUAAAUGCAAUCAAUUCAAUAUUGUAAUGGAUCCAGCAUUUAACUCGAGAGAGGGAGUACCAAAGGAAAAGAAAAUUCCCACACCAAAAGAGAUAAAGCAGUAUUUAGACAGUCAUGUGGUAGGACAGGACCUUGCCAAGAUGAUUUUGUCAGUUGCUGUGUUUAACCACUACAAGAAGGUCAACCACAACAUGAAGAAUUCUAAACCUGAGACAAAUAAACAAAAUACUCAGGCAGGUUAUACAUCUAGAGAAGCUUUACAGGACAUUCUACAGAUGUCUGCAAAUAAUGCAUUAGGUCCAAGAGCUGAGCCACCUGUGAAGAAAAGUGUAACAACCAUGAGCAACGAGUCCGAAGCCGAGAUUGUUUUAGAGAAAAGUAACAUUCUGAUGCUUGGACCUACUGGCUCAGGAAAAACUCUGCUAGCUCAGACUUUAGCACGUGUAUUAGAUGUACCGUUUGUGAUCUGUGAUUGUACGACUCUAACAUCGGCUGGUUACGUUGGUGAAGAUAUUGAAUCUGUGAUAUCUAAACUUCUUCAGCAAGUCAAUGGCGAUGUGGACAAAUGCCAGCGAGGUAUUGUGUUUUUGGAUGAAGUUGACAAAAUAACAAGAGAAAAAAGUAUGAACCUCUUGAAAGACGUUGGAGGAGAGGGAGUUCAGCAGGCAAUGUUAAAGAUGUUGGAGGGCACAAUCGUUAAUGUUCCAGAGAAAAACAGGAGAAAUUUACACGGAGAGAAGGUGCAAGUGGACACUACAAAUAUCCUGUUUAUUGCUGCUGGAGCAUUUAAUGGAUUAGAAAAUUUUGUUAAGAAACGAAAAGAUGUAAAGCAACUUGGUUUUGGGGCACCACACAAGAAAGUGAGAAGUUCACAAAAAGAGCCACAAACUCUGCACCAGGCACACAGUGAUAAACCGUCAGUUAAAGAUGAAAAUGAGGAAAAAGAUAGAUUGUUAGAAACUGUUGAAGCUUCCGAUCUUAUAGACUUUGGUCUCAUUCCAGAGUUUGUAGGCCGCAUGCCAGUAAUAGUCCCCUUACAUUCAUUGACGGAGGAAAUGCUAGUUAGGAUAUUAACGGAGCCACAGAACUCCCUUGUCAAACAGUUUCAGCAGUGCUUCUCUCUAGAUGAGUGUCAGCUUGAGUUUACAGAUGAUGCUUUGAAAGCUUUAGCUCACAUUGCUAUGGAGAAACAUACAGGAGCUCGAGGCCUCAGAUCUGAAGUGGAGAAGUGUUUGUUGAUGCCGAUGUACGAGCAGCCAGGAUCAGAUAUCAAAACUGUGAUUAUUAAUGAAGAUGUAGUAAGGAAAAACUCACCAGCUAUUUAUAUACAUGAUACAGAUGAUGAUGAUGUAAGACAAACACAGUCCUCUAAUGUAUGAUGAGCGCAUGGGUAAAACAGAAUUUUGGACUGGUUCCAGAGAAGUUUAGACUGGCUCUGCAGAAAGCAGAAUUUUGACUGGUUUUGGUUAUUUCGUGGGUUUGACAACUGCAGAAAAUUUUUUAACAGAAAUUGAUUUGACAGGAUUAUUUGAAAGAUUCCUAAGACUUUAAAGUUUUGUUCUGCAGUAUUUUCGACUAGUUCUGCAGUUUGGAUUUUGCCGCAACUCAGUAGAACUGAAUCUACAUAACUAGAAACCAGACAUAUAUUAAAACAAAGAUUACAACAUAGCUUUAAACUGCAGCUGGAGAUCCUGUCAGAUGUAAGAUAAAGACAUUUGUGAGAUUUAUCUGUAUAUCGCAUGGUUUUGAGUUUAGGUCCUCUGGCAGGCUGUAUGUUCUCCAUGACAAUUUGAUAAAAGACAUUGUGUCUGAAAUUAUUCAUUGCCCACCUCUGAUUCAUUUGGGGAAGUUGGCAGUCACAUGUGGAGAACAGGUUUGAACUGGUGCAGAAUCCAGGAACACUGAUUAAGUUAACUGCCCGCCAUUACAUAAGUGAAAUACUGUUGCAAAACGGCAUUAAACCCAAAACAAAAAACAAAACAAUCUGAUAUAAUACAGACUUUUGACUGUAUUCGUUGGAGGAUCUGUUAGUUAUUUAUCACAGCUUUUGAAAGAAAUUCAGAGCUUCAACUGUCAUAUUCUUGUGUUAAAUUGAAUAUGAAUUUGACAUGUUGUACAGACAUUUGAUUUUAUUAAUACAUUUUGGACUAAAAGGGAUGUGGUGCAAUGACAUUUUUUUAUCAAAAUUAGGUCUAAUAUUUGGUAGCACUGUAAGACAUUGACAUUUGGAUCUGGAAAAAAAAAGUACAUAAAAAUAGAGUAAUUCCAUAUGUGUAUUUUUAAGAUUCUUGAAUACUGGACUUGGUAUUCCCAUAUUUUUGCUGGUGCUCAUAAACCUUGUCUUACACACCAAGGUGUAAGAUAUUCACAUGCUGCAUUUUGUGAAUGAAUACCUGAAUUCAUAUGCUGCUAUAAUCAAUUGCGGGCAUUUGUUUUAUUUUUUUUUGUUGAAUAUUUCAAGACUACAAUAUGCUAGAAAAAGAAUCUUAUCAUUGGAUGCAGUUGUUGAUUGAAAUAUGCAGCUCUUGAGUAACUUAUGUGGUAACAUGGCAGAGCCUCAUAACAACGUUACUGGAUGAACCAGAUAUUUCAAUCCACAUCUUCAACCAGUGAAAGAUUUUUAUAAGGUUCCAUUCAAACACACUCCAUUAAGUUGAUGAUGCUGGUCAUAGUAGGAGUAAUACUGAGACGUUUUGUAAAUUUUAAAUUUUUUUUAAUUAAACCUUUUGCCUGCUGGUGGCAAGUGAUUUUGCCUUUGCGACCACUGUAGACCAAUCAGCCUGCAUGUCCGUGCAGUCUGAUCAUGGUCUGCACUGAACGCUAUUCAGUCAGUAAAUUUUCAGUAAACACCCCUUUGAAUAAUAAAUGGUACUACCCAAAGUGACUGAUAGACCAGUCCAUUUUAGAAAUUUAGCUGGGUAAAGGUUAAUGAUCCAAAAGUCUGGAUUAUGUGUGAUGUUUAAUGCUGCUUAUCAAAGUUAGCUAAGACAGCAGGUUAUGCUGGUAGGCUUUACGUUUGAGACAAUGCAUUUAGUGUGUUUAAUCAGUGUGGUUUUCAGGAGAUAAUCUGCUAAUGAUAUGCACAUAAUAAUUUAAAAGCACAAUAUUGUAGUUAUUACUAAUUCUUUUAAAAAGACUUUUGUCUACAUGUUCACUACUUAGAAAAAUGAAUGACAAAACAUUAUCAUUUGUGAAGUGUUUAAUUACACAACAAAGGCAAGAAAUUGGAAUAGACUUUACACACACUAGUGUAUCCCAGUUUUGUUAACUAAUGAAUCAGUACUUUAUGAAGUACAAUUUUUCUACUCAAAAAAUGUAAUGAUUUUCGUAUAUAUUGAAUGGCACCUAGGUUUUUAGAUAAUUAUUUCAUGAUGAUAUUAUAUUUGUGUUUGGCUAUUUAAGACUUUUGUAUGUAUAUAAUUUUGUUAAGCUAUUUUGUUAUUGUUAUUAUAAUCUUGACAGUUUGUGUUUUCACAACAAUAUUUUCACUUUAAAGAUGAAGCCUGAGGUAGCAGUAAUUUUCUGAAUUAAAAGAGAAAUUUAAAAAUUCUGUUACUAUUUGUAAUAGUUUUUUUCAGGGGAAGUCAUUUUUUCUGUUCAUAGAAAUUUAAAAUUAUUUUGAAUCUACCAUUACUUGUAAUGACUUAGACAUCCCUAAAUAGUGAAGUUCAUUUCAAAAAUCACGAUAUACUUUUCCCUUGUAGUCGGUGUAGAUUUUCAAUUUUACAAACAGCAUUUUAGAAAUGUAUGCUAUAUGUGCAGGUGUUGGAGAUAUUAGAAAUGUUAUGAUUUCGUAUUUGUAUAGGUAUGCAUACCUGUAAGAUUUCUUUCUAAAAAAAUAUUUCAGUAAACAUUUUAGGUGUCAAAAUUUAGAACAUCAUAUUCAACUGUACUCGUAAAUGCAAACCUGAACAUUUUGAACACAUGUUAUAAAAACUUGUAGAAAAAACUUAUUGUGAAUGAUUUCAUUGACGCACAAGAUAACUUAAUGGCUCAUUAUGCCUUUGUUUGUAAUGUGGCUGCCACAUUUUUAUGCCUCCACUUCGGUUGUGUCGCACCUAGCUCCAGAAGUAUUUGACAUAGAGUCACAAAACUUUACAGGAACGUUGGUCAGCAUGUGUAGUUGUGCACCUGGGGUUUUGCGUCCGGAUUCAUUCAGUCAUGUAGGAGUUAUGGCCCCUGACUUUGUAAAAAUUGUCAUUUUAUUGUUGUGUCGCGCCUAGCUCCAAAAGUAUUUGACGUAAAGUCACCAAAGUUUACAGGAAUGUUGGUCAGCAUGUGCAGUUGUGCACCCUGGGUUUUGUGUCUGGAUUAAUUCAGUCAUGUAGGAGUUAUGGCCCCUGACUUGGUUAAAAAUUGGUCAUUUUAAUGUUGUGUCGUGCGUAGCUCCAAACGUAUUUGACGUAGAGUCACAAAACUUUACAGGAAUGUUGGUCAGCAUGUGCAGUUGUGCACCUGGGGUUUCGCAUCCGGAUUCAUCCAGUCAUGUAGGAGUUAUGGCCCCUGACUUAGUUAAAAAUUGGUCAUUUAAUGUUGUGUUGUGCGUAGCUCCAAAAGUAUUUGACCUAGAGUCACAAAAGUUUACAGGAAUGUUGGUCAGCAUGUGCAGUUGUGCACCCUGGGUUUUGUGUCUGGAUUCAUUCAGUCAGAUAGGAGUUAUUGCCCCUGACUUAGCUAAAAAUUGGUCAUUUUAAUGUUGUGUUGCACGUAGCUCCAAAAGUGUUUGACCUAGAGUCAGUUUACAGGAAUGUUGGUCAGCAUGUGCAGUUAUGCAGCUCGGGUUUCUGGUUAGGAUUCAUUCAGUAUUGUAGGAGUUAUGGCCCCUGACCUAGGAAAAAAUUGUCAUUUUAAUGUCAUGUAGUGGGGGCAUCUGUGUCCCAUGGACACAUUUCUAGUUUGUUAUAACCAUAAAAUAGGUCAAAAAAUUGAAUAUCAGUAAACAUAGCAGAAAAUAUUAGUGAAUCCAUUGUUUAUGAUUACCUCCCCUUAUGGCUUUAACUGAAUAAGUUCAGGUGUAAUAUUGAAAAUGGUGAUUUUCUAUUCAGGUAAUUAAGCAUUUCAUGUAAAUUGACAGUUGCUUUAACUUAAGCAGACAGUAAUUGUAACGUAUAAGGAUUUUGUGUGCAUAUACAUACACUUAAGAAAUCUGUCAUUUUUAGCUCACCUGUCACAAAGUGACAAGGUGAGCUUUUGUGAUUGCGCAGUGUCCGUCGUCCGUCGUCUGUCCGUCCGUCCGUGUGUGCGUCCGUAAACUUUUUGCUUGUGACCACUCUAGAGGUCACAUUUUUCAUGGGAUCUUUAUGAAAAUUUGUCAGAAUGUUCAUCUUGAUGAUAUCUAGGUCAAGUUCGAAACUGGGUCGUGUGCGGUCAAAAACUAGGUCAGUAGGUCUAAAAAUAGAAAAACCUUGUGACCACUCUAGAGGUCACAUUUUUCAUGGGAUCUUCAUGAAAGUUGGUCAGAAUGUUCAUCUUGAUGAUAUCUAGGUCAAGUUUGAAACUGGGUCACGUGCGGUCAAAAACUAGGUCAGUAGGUCUAAAAAUAGAAAAACCUUGUGAUCACUCUAGAGGUCACAUUUUUCAUGGGAUCUUUAUGGAAGUUGGUCAGAAUGUUCAUCUUGAUGAUAUCUAGGUCAAGUUCGAAACUGGGUCACGUGCCUUCAAAAACUAGGUCAGUAGGUCUAAAAAUAGAAAAACCUUGUUACCUCUCUAGAGGCCAUAUAUUUCAAAAGAUCUUCAUGAAAAUUGGUCAGAACGUUCACCUUGAUGAUAUCUAGGUCAAGUUCGAAACUUGGUCACGUGCCAUCAAAAACUAGGUCAGUAGGUCAAAUAAUAGAAAAACCUUGUGACCUCUCUAAAGGCCAUAUUUUUCAUGGGAUCUGUAUGAAAGUUGGUCUGAAUGUUCAUCUUGAUGAUAUCUAGGUCAAGUUCGAAACUGGGUCACGUGCGGUCAAAAACUAGGUCAGUAGGUCUAAAAAUAGAAAAACCUUGUGACCUCUCUAAAGGCCAUAUUUUUCAUUGGAUCUGUAUGAAAAUUGGUCUGAAUGUUCACCUUGAUGAUAUCUAGGUCAAGUUCGAAAGUGGGUCACGUGCCCUCAAAAACUAGGUCAGUAGGUCAAAUAAUAGAAAAACCUUGUGACCACUCUAGAGGCCAUAUUUUUCAUGGGAUCUGUAUGAAAGUUAAUCUGAAUGUUCAUCUUGAUGAUACCUAGAUCAAGUUCGAAAGUGGGUCACGUACC